AUCAAGAACCCACUCUUCAUGUAAGAGUAACCUAGUCCUUCCUUGACAACUGUAUAUUCCCUUUAAAGCGACCAUAAUUGUGUAAUCCAACCCAGCUCACCAUGUCAUCGAACACAGUCCCUUCUACACCUACAACCCGUCGUACUUAUCCUAAUCUCGGUACACCACCCAUAACACCUGUUCAUAACCCUUCUUCAACUUCUAUAGAUUAUCUAUCCAUCUCUCCACAUAAUCAUCAUCAUCAUCAUCCUUCUUAUCCUGAAUCACCUCAUUCACCACGUCAUUCCCCACUACCAUCUCCAUUAGAUCUUCGACCUCCUCCUCCUCCUCGCUUUUCUCUCGGUCAUCCAGGUCGUCGUAAAUCGAAAUGGUCCCCACCUAAAAUGUUCCGAACAACUCGAAGAACUCUCCUUUUACUCUCUUUUCUCCUCAUUGUGAUUUUUCUCUUUCGAUAUAAUCCAAAAAUAGAAGGAGGUUUAAGAGUUGGUCAUUUAAAAUGGGCAAGAUGGUUUUAUCCACAAGAAAAAGAAGGAAUAUGUCAAUUCGUUUCACCUGUCGAAGCUUAUCAUAGAGAUUUACAAAGAUUAAAAUUAUUGAAUAUCAAAUAUUCUUAUCAUCCUUUUUAUACAAACGAUUCUCAAUAUCCACCUCUAUCUCAUCCAUCUCCUAAUCAUCUCAGAUCCGACAGAGAUAAAGAUGGAAAAGAAGAUUAUGUAGAGUAUGAAAAACAAAAUCAUAAAUCACAUUCACAUUCACAUUCACAUCAUUUAUAUUCCUCAACAGGACAUUUAUUAAUCUCAACAAAAUCUUCUCAUCCUAUACCUCUCCUUUUGACUCUGGGGGAAAAAAGAUGGGAAGAAUUACUUUCACGUCAAUCAAGAACAUUAGGUGAAUCAGUUAGAGAAUAUACAAGGAGAUAUGGUCGUUUACCACCUAAAGGUUAUGAUUUAUGGUGGGAAUUUUCAAUGUUGAAUGAAUUGGUUUUACCCGAUGAAUACGAUAGGAUUAAUUUAGAUUUAGCACCUUUUUUCGCUUUACCUAAAAAAGAAUUUAAGAGGAGAAUGGAAUUGGUCGAAGAAAUGAAAGAAACUUUUACUUUGGUCAUUGAAGAUGGACGUGUGGGGAUCGAGAUAAAAGAUCCCGGUGGAUUAGAAUGGGGAGGUACUUUACCGAGAGCCAAUGAUGCCGCUUCAUUGAUUUCCUCCUUCUCCAGAUAUCUACCUGAUCUACGAGCCACUUUCAGUAUAUUCGAUCAACCGCAAAUAUAUCUUUCUUGGGCUAGGAGAGGUUCUUUAGUUGAUCUGGGAUUACGGGGAGAACUCACAACCCACUUGCACGAAACCGACGAUGCCAAAGUCCGCCUUUCGAGGAGUUGCGACCCCGACAGUAACUUUCGACGUAAUAUGACUUUUCAAGAAGGUCGUUCGUUGAUUUAUGAUAGUCUAGAAGCUGGUGAUUUUUGUCAAAACCCCUAUCUCAUACCUCUUCACGGACUUACAAUCGAAACCCACGAUAGGGAUUCACAUCCUCGACCUCAUACCCAGCUCUUACCUCUUUUCAGCCUGGCAAAGACAUCGAUCAACUCUGAUAUCUUGAUCACACCACUGGAUCAGUUCCACAGUGAUAAAGGGCCGGAUCCGAAGUGGGAAGAUAAGAAAAGUGCAAAGCUCGCUUGGAGAGGCAGCCCGACGGGAAUAUCAAUGAUGACCACCGAUGUCCCUUGGAGAAACUCUCAUCGUAUACGUCUACACCAUUUCGCUAAUAACCAAUCCCUAUCUCCUAUCACUUACCUCGUCCCUGAUUUAGGUCUAGACGAACAUCACCAACACCACCAUCAUCAUCGUGAACAAGGUACGGGUUUGGAGUUGGGAUCUAAAUUCGAAACAUCCCUUACCAACACUAGCACAGAUUUCUUCUUUGAUAUGAAAUUAGCCGGUGAACCUAUCCAAUGCUCAGAAGAAGACGGUACUUGCGAAGAUAUGAAGAGAGAAAUCGAUUGGGCGGGAUACCAAAGUCCAGAGGAAUUGAAUGAUCAUAAAUUUUUGUUAGACAUAGAUGGGAAUGGAUGGAGUGGACGUUUCAGACGGUUGAUGAGCACAAAUUCGGUAGUCAUCAAGACUGGUAUUUUUACAGAAUGGUUUCAACCUCAUUUAAUACCUUGGUUCAUGUACAUUCCGUCAAAAUUAGAUUUUUCCGAUUUGAUGGAUAUCAUGUCUUUUUUUCGUGGUUCUCCCCAACAUCCAGAACUGGCAUUUGACGAGACUGCAAAAGCUUUAGCUCGGAAUGGACAAUGUUUCGUUCAACGUAUGUUCCGAUCACAAGAUCUGGAAGCUUAUAUGAUGCGACUCUUCUUGGAAUAUGCUCGAUUAGCAGCGGACGAAGAUGUGGAUAUGGACUUUCACUACGACCCUUCAGAUGAGCACGAGUUGGAGAUGGCUGAAAUCAGGGAAGAGAUGGAGAUGGAGAUGGAGCAGAAUCGAGAUCUCAUCGAGGGAGCGGGAGAAGAACAAGGAGAGAAAGAGGCAGGUUCUUUCUUACCUGAUUCAGAAGGGUUGGAGUUGUCGAAUCUCGGUUUGGUGGAUGAAGAUGUGAACCGGGUGGAUUGGGAAGAGUUGAGGGUGUGAAAUGGGUGGUUACAUGGUACUGGUGGUGGUGGUGGUGGUGGUUGGGAGUUGUUGUAUCAGGUUUUUUUUUUGGAAGUUUAGAUAUGAUUUUGGGGUUUUUGAAUUUGGUUGUAUUGGGUAUGAGGGAAGUAUGCAUAUCACCAUGGUGCAU